GAGACGCAUUGACAACAACAUUCAAUAGGAUCAGUGGACCAAUCGUUGCCACCAUCGCUUUUCCAGCUAUGCCCAUUGCAGAGCUUUUGGCAGUGCAGUUCGACAUGCAGCUGCUGUUGAAACUGAGUCUCUCUGUGGCUGCCGUGCUGCUGGUUUCAUGGGCCUACAGGUUCCACAGCGCCAGGGACGCUCAGAAAACUCAGCUCUCUGUCAAAGACAAAAAAGGACCAGAAAAGGCAACCUGCCAAAACUGCAAGACAUUGCUACGUAGUCAAAGCUCAUCAGAACAUGACACGGAUGAUGGGGGCACGCGACCCAGACCCUCGCAACCUGAUGACCUGACGUCUGACAACACCACGGAAACAGAAGCAGAAGCUCCUGCAUGCCAAGCUGAAAACAGUGAGGAUGCUUUUAGUAUGUCAUAUAGUGUCAGCAUGAAAGAAGCGAUACUCCCUCAUCAGAAGCAGGCCGAGGUUGCCACCAGUAAUAUUUCAUUUGGAUCUGCUUUGAACCUUCCUCAUCCGACUGAGAGUGGGAUGGCCAGUGCAACGGGGCGCCGCUCCCCUUGCUUUUUGCAGAAGCUGGAGGGCAUUGUGGGUGUGGGCAGGGAGUUAAGGCAGGACUUGGAGCACCAGGGGGCCUACUCCAGCUUCCUCUCCAAGGCAGAGAUCAAAGUGGAGGAUGCUAACGUGGUGCUGGAGGGAACAGGAGACCAGAUAGUGUGGGGAAAGAUAUAUGAUUACUAUGUGGAGUCUUCCUCGCACUCCAUUACAGGCUUAAACACUGUGCUGAGUCAGUAUGAGAGGAACUCUGAGUCACAGCCAGUGGAGCUGGGAAGUCGGGGCAGCAGCCUCCCAGAGUCUCCGUCCUCUCUGAGCCCCAUCAUCAUGCGUGAUCUAGUUUUUCCACAAAGCAAUUUUGAGGAUCCGUCACUGGAAUGCCUGAAACGGAGGCACCCCGCAAGGCCUGUACUCCUACGCAAGGAGAGCUAUCUGUCAGCAGCAGAGCAGUCGGAGCUUUACAUCCCCGUUCUAAAUACAAGCGCUUCAACUCCAGUGACUCACUCUCUGGCCCCAACCAGCACUGAGUCCAUCACUGCUCACCCCACGAUCUGUCACUCUACAGACGGCAAAGGCAUAACUGUAAAGGAGGGUGCAGAUCCAGAGACUGAAGCAGCAUUUUUAGACCUUACAGCGAAAGAUUUCGAUGGCAAAGAUUUGGAGAGCCUGAAUAGUAUACUCAAUCUGGGAAACUGUUUGGAGACACUGUGUCUUGCCAAGAAACAUGGCCAGACUUCUGUGCAGAAAGCAGCCCUGGGAGUCAUGUCAGACAACUACCUCCAGGUGAUUAGGGACCCCAACCUUUAUGGGCGGCUAAUGGCUGGUGAGCGGGAGCAAAUCCAAAAGCAGAGGAUGAGAGGGAGGAGGUUUGUCAUUGUGGCAGAUAUGGACCCUCAAGACUGGGCGAGGAACACAGGAGGGCAACCGGCAGAGACGGAGCAGAGGAGGACAUCCAGUGCAGUGUACUGUUAUGAUGACUACAAAGACGCCUGGCAUACACUCUGCCUGAUCCCACAGGAGGUCAUCUCUAAAGCCUGCGCCAUGUGCACAAUGGAUAACUACUUAUUUGUGGCGGUAGGCUGCAAAGGCACAGACAGAGAAAUGACACCCUCAAAGCGAGUGUUUUGCUACAAUCCUUUGACAUCAAUUUGGAAGGAGAUCAGUCCCAUGAAUGAAGCCAGGCCCCGCUGCAAACUGGCAGCACUGGAGGGCUUCAUCUACGCCAUCGGAGGGGAGUGCCUCUCCUCAGUGGAGCGCUACGACCCGCGAUUGGACAGGUGGACGUACGUGGCUCCACUGCCUAAUGAUACAUUCGCUGUGGCGCAUCACGUCGCUGUGUGCAGUGGAGAGCUGUUUGUUUCUGGGGGAACUCUGAGAUGCAUACUGCUGCGCUACAGCCCCAAAACCAACACCUGGAGGCCAAGUCUGCUAGCAGGAACUAAAGACAGAACUGCAGAUAUUAUAGGCGUGGGGAGGUUUCUGUAUCGUUUUGAUGUUAACCCCCGGCUGGGUCUGGGAGUGUACCGCUACCAUACCGUGGCUCGAAUGUGGUACGAGUGCAGCACCAAAAGGAUUCAUCACUGCCCCGCCUUCCAGUGUGUCGCAAUGGAUGGCACGAUCUAUUGUGUAAGCCGCCAGUUCACCAUGAGGUUCGAUGCUGAUGAGAUCUCUCCCGGUUUCAUAGAUGAGAACUUGAGUGUCCUCUCUGCAGCGAAAGGCAUACUUUUCCCCUUUGUCCUUUCACUCCCUGAUAAGAGGCCUCGGCAGACCAGUGUGUGAGGAGGACUCAGUUUUCUAUUAGUGAAAAGAUUAGGUCAUGAUGGAAUAUCCUUGCAAGAGCAUACUUCUCCAGUUUCUUGUUCUGAUUUCUUAUUGAGUGCUCUGCUCAGGUUAAAACUCAACUCUGUGCUGUCUUAGGUUUUUUCUGAAGAUCACCUUUCUAAAACCAUCACACUACUUUAUGUCCUUGGGUCGCACAAAGGAAUGUUUGUUUCUAAUGUCUCAGUCCCUGGCAGCAGCAGAUGUCAAAUAUUAGACUCUUAAUGUUAGUCCAACUACUGUUUGCUUAGAUUUACGCAGGAUGUGCUGCCAUGUCAAUUGUUUGCUUAUUUGAUUUGCCACUCCUUCCUGCCAUUACGUUGGUUUUAUAUCACUCCAGAUGCUUAACCUCUUUAGAUAGUUCAUAAAUAAGACUCAGAGUAAAUGAGCUCAUUCAACUCUAACACAUUACAAAGAUUGGGCAAUAAAGUGAUAAUCAAUCAUUCGACUCCACUGUGUAGGGCACAAAUAUAACUUACACAGUGGCCUGGAUACAACGCAAUUAUGUAAACUUGCUCUUUAAAAUGACAGGGUGUAAAUGGAUGUGUCAUACAAUAUAAAUAGGUGGGCUUCGAUAAGCAUUUUUUUCACUA